AUGCGCGGUUUCGGACAAAAGCCGGACGCUAUGGAUAUUCGCUUCAUUACCGACCAAGAACCCUCCAGAAAAGCCCCAACCAGCAGCGAGUACUUAGUAUGCAAUGGGUCUCCAAGCAUGAGCCAUUCUGAUAGCAAGCCUCCGGACAGAAGUCUCUUCCUCGAAGAAAAUGGCCGCACAUAUCACGGAUAUCGGAGAGGAGUCUAUAUGUUACCGUGUGAUGAAGAGGAGCAGGACCGUCUUGAUCUAUUCCAUAAGCUAUUCACAGUAGCACGGGUGUCUGCGAGCUUGAUCUACGCACCACACCCCAGGAAUGGUAGAUUCUUAGAUGUGGGGUGCGGGACUGGGAUCUGGGCAAUCGAUGUCGCCCAUGAAUAUCCCAAUGCCUUUGUUGUUGGGGUGGAUCUAGCACCUAUACAACCUCCUAAUCACCCCAACAACUGCCAAUUCUAUGCGCCUUUUGACUUUGAGAGUCCUUGGACGCUUGGAGAAGAUUCCUGGGAUCUCAUCCAUCUGCAGAUGGGUUGCGGCAGUGUCGUGGCUUGGCCGAAUCUCUACAGGCGGAUCUUAAGGCAUCUUCAACCAGGGGCGUGGUUUGAGCAGGUGGAAAUCGAUUUCGAACCUCGCUGCGACGAUUGCUCUUUGGACGGACUAGCACUAGACCAAUGGUACCAGUGCCUGAAGCAGGCAACACAAGCCACUAUGCGGCCCAUAGCCCACAACUCGCGUGAUACAAUCAGAGCCCUUGAAGAGGCAGGCUUUACCCAAAUCGACCACCAGAUGAUGAAAUUGCCUCUCAAUCCUUGGCAUAAUGAUGAACAUGAGAGAAAGGUUGCUCGCUGGUAUAGCCUAGCUUUUUCCGAGAGUCUCGAGACACUUAGUCUCGCCCCUUUCAGUCGCGUGUUCAAGUGGCCUUUGGAUAGGAUCAGACAUCUAGUAGCUGAGGCUAAAUCAGAGGCCUUUAACAAGAAAAUCCAUGCCUACAACAUCCUACACGUAUACCAAGCACGGAAGCCGGGCGGCCGGGCCCAUUGA